CAAUUGUAAUUACCUCAUUCAAACCGCGACAAAUCGUUUGAGGCAUAUUCACUCGCCAUAUACAGAUGCUUCCGGAUUUUUUUUCUCAUUAAAAGCGUACUGCUGUAUUCCGGUAUCCAUGACUUCGCUAUGCUGAUGCUAUUCCACCAAAAUGUUUAAAUUCCUUCGGAUGGUUCGUUAGACUGGGGCUUUUUAUCGUUUUUAACCGAAAACGUUUUCAUAACUACUGCGAAUGGUAAUUUUGGUUUGAAUGAACAAAAAGUUCGAUUCUUCGGUUUGAAACAGUUUUUCAACGGUUUUCGUCGUAAUUUCUUCCAUGCAGCAAACAAACUUAUUUCGAUAGCGGAAAACUUUGAAUAGAAUAUGUCACCGAUUUUCAUGGGUUGCUUUGGUGUCUUCAUCUUUUUUACGACUCUAUGGAAAGAAUCAUACAGUCAAAAAUUUGUUCAUCUGGCAGCUCUGCGGCAAUGAAAUCCGCUCCGCUGUAAAAAUAUAUAGAUUGUUUGUUUUGAGCUCUUAGGUUUUGAGAACUAAAAUCUAGCGUAAAAUGCAUUGAUAGUUUCUCAAAGCCGUAACUCCCGGAAAUUUCAAUCAAUUCAGAAAUAAAACGCAGCAGAAUUAUGCACAUUAACAACAUGACACAUCCGAACGGUGAAAAUAACCAAAACUCAAAUCUCUACAUGCGCCUACAACAGUCCCAGACCGUACGUGCCAACAUGGAACUAAUCAAACCUCCGUAAGUGCUGAGACAGAGGGAGGAUUUUUGAAGCGCUUCAUCAAAAAAAUGGGCUGGCUGGACAACUCUAAAGUCCGUCUGCGGAUGUCGAGCUGCUAUCUGUACGAAUCGGUAGCCGAUUGCGUUAACUACAACGAAUUCUUCACGUACUUCAAUAUGUCUAAUUCCUUCAACACCUGGUUCCUGAUAACCGAGCUGCAUGUGUGGAUGCUGCUGGUACGUGCCAUGGCCGAAGGACCGGAGAAGGAUGCUGCUGGUCGGUUCAUGCGUAACUGCAUAGUAGAAACAAUGUGGAAUGAUGUGACAACCCGGGCGAAGCAGCUAGCGGCUGAUAACCCGUCGGCUGUACGGCCACAAAUUCAACUUCUUUCAGAGCAAUUUCAGGCCACGCUGAUGGCUUACGACGAGGGCAUCAGCAGCGAUGACAAGGUGCUGUCGGGUGCCCUGUGGCGGAGGUUCUUCUCCAGUAGAUGCGAAGACUACGAGCAUCUGGAGCUACUAGUUAAGUACGUGAGGAGACAGAUGGAAAUGCUGGAUAAGACAGACCGUUACAAUUUUGCAAUCAAACCAACAGUGAAGUGGCUGCCGUUGAUUGAAAAACCCGGAUUGUAGAGGCUGUAAAUAUAAACGCUGGAGUGAAA